ACGCCUUCUUUCCUCCGCCCUUCACUCCCGCCUCGAACAUGUCGCAAGCGAUAGGCAACACCGCGCUUGCCUACGCGCGGGUAUGGCACCACGUCGACGCCUCCGACCGGAUACUGGGUAAGCUCGCGGAGCGGAUCGCCAUCGUGCUCAUGGGCAAGCACAAGCCCAUCUACGACCCCAGCGUGGACUGCGGCGACUACGUGAUCGUCUCGAACGCCUCGAAGGUGAGGGUCACCGGCCGGAAGGAGGAGCAGAAGGUCUACCGCAAGCACACGAUGUUCCCCGGCGGGCUGAAGGAGGUGAAGUACAAGGACAUGAUGGUCAAGAAGCCCGACGAGAUCAUCCGCCAAGCCGUCUCCGGCAUGCUGCCCAAAAACAAGCUGCGCGACCGCCGGCUCGAGCGCCUGCGCAUCUUCGAGGGGCCGGACAUGGGCCGCCUCGGCGCGAACAUCGUGCGGCGGUGGCAGGACGGGACGCUGGGGCAGUCGUACCCACGGGGGACCCGGAAGGCGGGGAGCGGGGAGGCGGGUGCGGCUUAGACCUCGAGGGAGGGUGAAGGGGGGGCUGUGCUCGGUGUGUCUAGUCUAUCGCAUAUAGUGUUUAAUGUCUCUGGCUGUCUGCGCGGCCCAUGAACACGGCUCGCCUCCAGCAUCGACCGC